AUGUCUUUUACGCGCAUGCUGGCUCCUGCCCGUACUCGGCUGAAUGGUACUAUCACUACCAUCCCCCGUAUUCUCACCUCCUCUUCUCGACUUUACUCCAGAUCCAAAAGCUCAUUCAAUCCACAUGACAUUCUGGAUGUCUCUCACAGCCCGGAGCAUAUUCAAUCAAAACUGCCAGAGCCGAAGCAUCUAAACAACCAUCACCGAUUCAGCGAGUUUGACCUCGAGGGUCGGGUAUACGCCAUCACCGGCGGUGGAGGAGGUCUAGGACUGUCCAUGGCGGAAGCACUGGUUGAAGCUGGGGCUAAAAUAUACUGCUUGGACCGUCUCGAAACCCCACAUCCAGACUUCUUGAUUGCGAAGGAAAAGGCCGAGACUCAAUACGGUACUACUCUAGAGUACAUUCGUAUUGAUGUCCGCAAUGCCAUGGAGGUAAACAACGUGUUUUCGGCGAUUGCAUCACAGCAUGAGCGACUGGAUGGCCUGAUCGCCGCAGCCGGCAUCAACCAUCUCCAAAGCGCCCUGGAGCACUCCCAACAAGCGUUGGACGAGGUGAUGACCAUCAAUUUCAACGGAGUGUUCAAUGCAGCGACUGCUGCAGCACGCCAGAUGUUCAAUUAUCAGCAAAAGGGGUCCAUUCUACUGGUGGCUAGUAUGAGUGGUCUCAUUGCCAACAAGGGCAUGACAUCGCCAGUGUAUAAUGCAUCAAAAGCGGCUGUUAUUCAGCUUGCCCGCUCGCUCGCCAUGGAAUGGGGUCGUCAUGGCAUUCGCGUCAACAGCUUGUGCCCGGGCCACAUCAUCACGCCCAUGGUUGAGAAGGUUUUCCAGCAAAACCCUACCGCGCGUGCCACCUGGGAGGCAGAGAAUAUGCUUGGCCGUCUUGCUUUGCCAGAGGAAUUUCGUGGCACAGCACUUUUCUGUCUUUCCGACGCCAGCAGUUUCAUGACCGGAAGCACCUUGCUCAUUGAUGGAGGCCAUACUGCCUGGUAG